CUUUCAUGCUACCACAUCCUCCGUGGCACGUCUACAAGUCCACGCCGUUGAUAAGUGGGCUAAUCUCGAGAAUUAUAUGUGUUGAAGGGUUAAGACCCUGGCUUCGAUACCUUGGCGUCAAUUUAAGGUUGUCAAGUCGUGCUCGCAAAGGGGAGAAAAGGCAGUGAGGCUGAAUGUUUAAAUCCACUGUUCAGAACUUGCCUGCCUUUGCUUCAACUCAAACUCCGAAUCUGAACUCUCAUGAGGUUCGGCUUGGGUGAUCAUCGGUCCAUAUCUGUGCAUGAUGAAAAUGGAUGGCUAAAGGGAAUUAAACGUCGACAGGUAGGGAUACCGUCAAGGUGUCAUUGAGUUCUAAGGUGGAGAGGCAGGAAUUCUAGUCGGCGGCUUUGUGCGGUAUAACAACGGGUGAUAUACAAGAGUAUGAAUACCAGGAUGGAUUGUGGGCGGGUUUAGGUGAGAAGUUGUCGAUGCAGGUAUCUAUCCCGGCUUCAUACCGGCUCCAUGGUGAGAUUGAGAUCAUGCGAGAAACCCGAAUAGAUCGUCAACUGUGAGAAAGUUGUAUGAGAAGACGACUUCUCCCAGCUAGAAGAUACAUUCUACAUCAGCUACCUCCCCAACAACAUCCAAAACAUAAUCUACACUUCACCAAUCUUAUCCAAAGUCCUUUUCACUACCGUCAAACUGGUCCGCAUCUCCUCUAUCGUUAUGUUCUUCCUUGCGAGCGCUUUAUCAGUGCAAGCAUGCACAUAUUGUCAGUGCGAAUUCUCAAAUGGUGACCACUGCUGUGUCUAUUCGGAUGCUGAAAUUGGCAACCUCGAUUGCCCCACCUAUUGCGCUAAUGCUCAUCGCGCAGAUGGUACAGAUAGUUCAACUGGACCCGGAACUGCAUGCGCAGCUGGAGGAAAAUACAAGUGCGCGAGUGCCUUCACAGCUUUGGACCGUACCUCAUGUUACAAGCAGUAAGAGUUUCGGGGCCGACGGAGAGUUCUGAAAGAUGGUUGGAGGAAGGAUUCCAUGCGAAUCGCACUAUUGGGUCUCAAAACUCUCCCCAUUUGGUAGUUUUGGCAGAGUCGGAUGGUCGAGAAUAUGGGGUAGAGAGUAGAAAACAAUGAGAUGCUG